AUCAGCUUAUUUUCGACUAUAGUCAGUAGAUGGUAUUGUGUUUCUUGAUUAAUAAUAAAUUGUGAUUAAAUAUAGUAUUAAAAACAGUUUUUCUACGAAAAUUGCUUAAAUUAUGGCUUCACAGCCAGUAGAAACUCAGGGACUGCAACAGAAGUCCAAACGGCCCUCGGAUUCUGCAUUUAAGCAGCAGCGUUUACCAGCAUGGCAGCCUGUCUUGACAGCUGGAACGGUUCUGCCAACAUUCUUUAUUAUUGGUAUACUCUUUAUACCUGUUGGCGUAGCUCUGCUCUAUUUCUCGGAUGAAGUUAGUGAAUAUGUCAUUGAUUACACGAAUUGUCUAAAAACAGGCGAAAGCAAUUUGACAUGUUCCCAAUAUAUUGUUCAGAACGUAAGUUCUUCAUGCAGAUGCGAAAUACCAUUUACUUUGGAAAAAGAUUUUGUGGGCAAUGUCUUUAUGUACUAUGGACUAAGUAAUUAUUACCAAAAUCAUAGACGCUAUGUAAAAUCGCGAGAUGAUGAUCAAUUACUUGGCCGGUUAUCACCAACACCCUCCACAGAUUGUGUACCAUUUGCCUAUGAAGAUACAGCAACGGGUGCACAAAUGCCAAUUGCACCAUGUGGUGCUAUAGCAAAUUCAUUAUUCAAUGACACUUUAACGUUGGACUAUAAUAGCACACCUGUUCCUUUGCUAAAUACUGGUAUUGCAUGGCCGUCAGAUAAGCAGGUUAAAUUCCGCAAUCCACAGGGCAGCCUGGAAGCUGUACUGAAAGACAAAUAUGCCAAACCCAAAUUCUGGAGUAAAGAAUUAUGGGAGCUGGACCCUAAUAAUCCGGAUAACAAUGGUUUUCAGAAUGAAGAUUUAAUUGUUUGGAUGCGUACAGCGGCAUUGCCCAGUUUCCGUAAAUUAUAUCGACGCAUUGAUCAUAGUAAACCAAACUUUGAAAAUGGCCUAAAGAGCGGACAAUACAAAUUACUCAUUGAUUACCAAUAUCCAGUUUCCGCAUUUGAUGGUUCCAAGAAAAUGAUACUAUCAACCACAUCAUUAUUAGGAGGGAAAAAUCCAUUUUUGGGAAUUGCUUACAUUGUUGUUGGAUGCAUUUGCCUUAUUUUGGGCAUUGCAUUAUUAAUUAUACAUAUCAAAUGUAGCAAAAGUAAUGCGGAAAUGAUCAAUGUGAACCCUCGUACGCCAUAUUCGUAAAUGAUAACAAAAUCUAAGAACAUUCUAUGUGCCGACCGUAAUCAUCAGCUGCUAUGUUGAUGUAAUCCUUUUCUCCCGUAUAUGUCCGACCCUUGUGGUUAAUUCAAUUUGUGUCUUAGAAAGUAGAAAACCCAAUACUAAAACCAAAAAAGAACCGGAAGUCCUUAUCACACAUGUGUACGUCUAGAUGUUUUAAAAUGAUAUGUACAUGCGUUAAAUAGUUCUACUACCAAGUGGCUUAUCGUUGUAAUGCAUAUUUUUU